AAAUAUAACAAAACGGAUCCUACACAGAGUAGUGAUAGUGUAGAGGUUGAGCCCGACGAAAGUACACCCCUUAUGAUGGAUGGCCACGUCGGUGCCCCUCAAAUAAGUUGCAAUAAUACCAUAAGUGGUGGUGCCAGUCAUGUGCGCCAGCAACGACGCAAGGUGGAACAAUUAAAUAAUUAUGGUACAACAGCGGAUAGUAAUAGAGAUCAAACGGAUGCGGCCAUAUUAGAUGUUCCCGGUGUGGAAAUAAGAAGUCGUGGCGGCCAUCGUAAUGCUGGCGAUGAAAACCCCAAUGAUGGUAUACCCGGACCAUCGGGUUCGCAUCCACCAACUGUGGAAGAAGAGGAACAGGGUUUAAAAUAUGGAGCCCAACAUGUCAUUAAGAUAUUUGCUCCCGUUUCAUUGUGCAUGCUUGUGGUAGUGGCCACAAUAAAUUCCAUUACAUUUUACACCUACACGGAUACAUAUUUAUUAUAUACUCCAUUUCAUGAACAAUCCGAGGACAAGGGUACAAAACUAUGGAAUGCCUUGGCCAAUUCACUGAUAUUGCUCUCUGUGGUUGUGGUAAUGACCAUUGUCUUAAUUGUGCUCUAUAAGAAACGUUGUUAUCGAAUUAUCCAUGGCUGGUUGAUAUUGUCCUCAUUUAUGCUAUUGUUUAUCUUUAGCUAUUUGUAUUUGGAGGAACUACUACGAGCCUACAAUGUGGCCAUGGAUUAUCCAACGACUCUAUUGAUUUUAUGGAAUUUUGGUGUAAUGGGCAUGAUUGCCAUACACUGGCAGAGCCCCCUGAAACUUCAGCAGGCAUAUUUAAUUUUUGUAUCUGCUUUGAUGGCUUUGGUAUUUAUUAAAUAUUUACCCGAAUGGACAGCAUGGGCGGUAUUGGCGGCCAUUUCAAUAUGGGAUUUAAUUGCUGUGUUAACUCCAAAGGGCCCAUUGCGUAUUCUGGUCGAGACAGCCCAGGAAAGAAAUGAACAAAUUUUCCCGGCUUUAAUUUAUUCUUCUACAAUUCUGUAUACCUUCAUGGGUACCACUGGAGGCCCGCAACGCAAUAACUCCUCGGGUUCCAAUUCACCCAACUCACCGCAUACCUCUAAUACCAGUUCAACAUCUGUUUCAAGGCAAACAGGUAACACCGCAGCUGAUCCAAAUGCUGAAGGUAUGCCUCUAGUGACAUUUAAAAUGCGCGGAAAUGAGGCAGCCGGUUUCACCGAGGAAUGGUCCUCAAAUCUGGAUGAACGUGUUGCCAGACGCCAAAUUGAGGUACAGGCCAGCACCUCGGAUAGUGCCAAUCGCUCAACAAAUUAUCGUACAGUUACCGCCCAGGAGGAAAGGCCACAUUUGGGCAGUAAUAUGACAGAGGCCCAGGAGGAACGUGGCAUAAAACUUGGCCUGGGAGAUUUCAUAUUCUAUUCGGUAUUGGUGGGCAAGGCCUCAUCCUAUGGAGAUUGGGCUACAACGAUUGCCUGUUUUGUGGCCAUAUUGGUGGGCCUGUGCUUGACUCUGGUCCUCUUGGCUAUAUGGCGUAAGGCCCUACCGGCCUUACCCAUUUCCAUAUUUUUUGGUUUAUUCUUUUGCCUCAUAACAAGCGUGAUAGUCAAACCGUUUAUGGAGGAGCUUUCCGAUCAGCAGGUUUUCAUAUGA